UGGCACAAGCCACGCUGCCCCCUCUCGCUCUUCCCUUCCUUCCAAUCCGAGGGAGAGAGCUCCACUCCCAGAUUGCAGUUGUAUUAUUCCCCUUCUAAUUAGGCUUGCGUGCCGAUCGCUUGAUUUUGAUACCCAUUUUCCUUCUCGCCAUUGCGCCAACUGGAGAUUUUGGUGCAGUUUCAGGGCAGUUGUGGUUUCCGUCUCAGCUGGAUGGGAGGGAUUGAGGCCCUGCCAGUGGUCAGCUGCUUUCGCUGCUAGCGGGUGAUUGUUUAUCAAACCUGCCUCAUCUCUGAGGGGAUUUUUCAAGGAUCACCAUGAUCUGCGCGGGGAGCUUCGUGCGUGCUCGCGACAUUCUUGGUUCCACUAGAGGAGAAUUUUUUUGCUAUACUGCUUUCACCUCUUUAAGAUCUGCUCAUGGGUCAUCUACAUAUGGAUAUGCUCGGUUAAUGAAAACUGGAAACUUUUCCAGCUCGAUAUCGUUAAAGCGCACAGCUCGCAAUAAUCAAGCACCUCUAUUUGCUAAAAUUGUGGGUUCUGCCGAGGCAGACAGAUUGACUGAAAAUGGGAUUGGUGUGGAGGACUUAGACGCUGACCCUUUGUCCCUUAACCAAGUAUCCAGCCGAAAGAAUGGGUCUAAAUCAGCCCAAAAGGGAGAUAUGAUACUGGCAGCCGUGGACAUGGGAACCAAUUCUUUUCACAUGGUGGUUGUGCGAGCCGACAGUCAAGGUCGGUUCCAGUUGAUGGACACAGAGAAAGAAGACGUCCGUCUUGGUAGUGGCAGUCCUGAUUUAAGUGUUAUCACUCCAGAUGCCGAGAGCCGUGCCUUAGCUGCAUUAAAGCGCUUCAAAAUCCUCGCCGAAACUCGGAAGGCCGAAAUGCGACUUGUGGCUACUUCUGCGGUUCGAGAAGCCAGGAACCGGCGCACAUUUGUGCGGAGGGUUCGUGAUACAGUAGGGCUGGAGGUUGAGGUUCUUGCAGGGACGGAGGAGGCUUGCCUGAUUUACCAAGGAGUAUUGCAGGCUCUUCCUGUCUACGACAAGACAAUAUUGGUCGUUGACAUUGGGGGCGGCUCAACCGAAUUUGUUUUGGGACAUGAAGGGAAGCCUAUCUACGCAACCUCGCUCAAGCUCGGUCAUAUUCGGCUCUCACAGCAAUUCCUCUCGCUAGGUUCGAGUAAAAAGGACGAGUUGAAGAAAGAGCAGAUCGAUGAGCUCAGACGGCACAUUCGAGUAAUACUAGCCGAUUCUGGUGUGAUCGACAAAGUGCAAGCUACCGAUUUUGAAGUGGCCGUUGGGAGCUCGGGCACCAUCGAAAGUAUUGAACAGAUGAUUCACCACACUGUCACAACGUCGAGUGAUUCACAAGAUGUGGAUGGACAGCCAAACGCGAAUUUACUACGUGAUCGAGAGUUCACGGCGGAUGAACUCAACCAGGUGGUUAAGAAGAUUUGUAAAGCGAAGAACUUAGAGCAGCGGAUGAAGAUACCUGGACUACCUGAGAAACGGGCUGAUGUCAUUGUUGCGGGUGCUGUGCUCUUGGAAGAAAUUUUUCUAGCUAUGGGAAUAAAGAAGAUCAUGGUUUCACCAUAUGCUCUUCGAGAGGGAGUUAUUGUUGACACUUUAGCUGAAAUCUUCGAGAACUAUAAGCCUGGUUUUAAUAUCCGAAAAACCUCCAUUCUUAAUCUCGCAUUGAAGUUCAAUACAGAUCGACGAAUGGAGUCUGCGCAGCACUCCGCUAGUCUUGCGAAGGAUAUUCUUGCUGGACUGCAAAUGUGUAGCACUGGUACUAAAGAAUGUGUUUCAGACGUAGCUCUGUUCUUGAAUAAAGGUGACGCUGACCUAUUGGAAGCUGCUACUAUUUUGCACUACGUGGGGAUGUUUAUCAACCACAAGUCAUAUCACAAACAUUCUUAUUACCUAAUAAAGAAUAAUGAACAUCUGCUCGGUUACAGUCCAAUGGAGAUUGAGAUACUUGCACUUCUAGUACGAUAUCAUCGAAAGAAGGUUCCCAGUUCAAAAGAUGAAGACUUUGCUAAACUGCCCGAAGAGGUACAAAAGAAAGUUCGGGCAAUGUGUGCAGUGAUGCGUGUAGCAGUUGCUCUAGACCGUUGUGACUCAAGCGCCAUCCGCCAUGCUCAUAUCUUCCAGCAAUCGGGAAGCAUCCUUCUUGCCGUAGUACCAGCUACCGAUCCGGCGACAGGUAAAGCUCGUGAUGUUUCUCUCGAGGUCUGGGCGGCUCAACAAGAGCUUCCUUAUUUUGAGAAAAUAUUCAAGAGACAAGCAUCCAUCAUAGUCGCUGAUGAGCAUGACUUGGAGGCAUUGAGCGUGGAAGCCAAGUCUGCAAGCCUCAGUUCGUAGAGGUAUCAUCACCAGAUUUCUUCGCCAAGUACGCUCAUUUGGCAGAGGGUGUUAGAUAUAAACACGUCAUAAGGGGUGCAUCACAAUUAGUGUUAACUAAGAGAAUAUCAACUCGAACAUGAUUGCGAUCGCGUACCCAUCACCACGAGGCCUAUUUUCUUACCACCUUAACUUAUAUGCACGUCAUGACCUGAGCUACUCUCUUCCUUGAUAGCUACGAAGGAAGCUGGUAUCCUCCAGAACAUGUAAUUGCAAUCGACAAACAUCUCUAUUGUUCAAUCAACCUCUUGAAGUCCGCCACUGCGAUGUGUCUUUGGAUUACUUCAGGGUGAGUUAAUUCCUUUCUGUAAACAAAAUGUUCUUCACUCGCGAAUUGUAAUAAAAACCAACUUCCAUGAUCUGA